AUGGGACAGGGAGAUGGUAAGUGGUAGUGCAGUAGCCAUCAGUUGGAAAACGUCUAGUUCCUGCGAUGUUAUUUCAAACCAUUUAGUAUUCUCUAGAAAAACUUAUAUCUCUUGUUCAAUCCUCUUCACAAAAAAGUUUUGCAUUAAUCUCAACAACACAUCUUUUCUCUUGAAGGUUCUCAAAGAACACAAGAGGUAUCCGCACUCACAUGUAUUCUUCUCAAUACAUUUUUCUUCAUUCUGGCUAUUCUUCCUCAUUUUAUUUGCUCAAAGAGAGAUAAGAAAGGAAAAAACCUUUUCGAAACUCCCUGGAGGAGUGACCCAACGGAAUUUUUUCGUCGUUUUCGUCCAAAGUUUCUGUGUGCGUGCCCACUGAAAAACUAGAAUUUACCCCUAAGGGCACUUUCUGCGGGAACAAUUUGAACCCGAAUUAUACCCACUCAAACUUGUUAUCCGAAAAGAUUUUUUGGUUCGUAAUGGAGGGAAGAGGGGUAGGAAGCAUAAAUCAGUUUUCAGAAAAGAGCAGAGCUUUUAACUUAUUUUGACUCCGUCUUUUGAAGCUGGGAAAGCGUUUGCAUCUUCCCAGAAAGAUUUUGGCUUUUAAUAAUUAUUUGAAGUGAAUUUGACUAGUUAAGGCGAUUAUUUCAAUUCCUAAUUUCUGAUUCUCUAAAUUUUGUAACUGGCUUUGCACUUCUGUGAAACUGUAGAGAGCGUUCCCUUUAUAAAACUGAGUAACGCUUUCUGAAAACCAGUUCACAUCUAAUUUCAGCCCUUUUCUAAGCCAACCGCUGCUCCCCCAUCUCUGAUUUUUUCCGUUGCCUGCAGUCAUUUUUUCUUCUCAUUCUCAUUUUCCAAUUAUUUCAUUUGCUUGUUUUUUUUCCUGUUCUUCCAUUUUCCCACAACACAUCUCUGAACAUUCCUCCGAUUUACGGGUGGUUGACGUGCCGAAUUGACCCGCAUUGCCAAUCACAAACAUGCGCGGAGAGCACUCAAAAACGUGUUGUUCCAAGUACCUUCGUCGACGUACUUCCCCAUUGCCCCCUUUCGAAUCCAAUUACCUGUUUACAAUCAGAUAUCAAAGAACUUGCUCAGAGAUUCACUUCACUUAGAAACAUAUACAAAAAAAGAAAAGGACAUGAACUUUCUAGAUGACUUUUUCAAGUGAAUACUAUUCAGCGAAAAUUUCUGAGUGAGUCUAGGUGUUCAAACGUUCUGCGUCAAAAUUACCUCACUCAUAAUCUCUAACCUUAUAUAAGGCUUGUUAAAUCUGAAGUGUCUCUGGGGCUGACUCACUCUGACUCUCCUUUAUUUGUAAAACUUUGCAAAACGAAUUUUCUUUCUUAUUUCCUUCUUCUCGAACUCUUAAUUGAAUUCAGAUUCAGUCUGUAUCAAAUAGCGAAAAAAGUCAUCCAAUUAUUGCUCGUUUCUCGGAUUACAAAAAGAAAGCGUGGCACAUUCUCAAUAAUCAAAGAUUUCCGUGAUUGAUUUCUGGAACUUCUGUUCACGUUGCUAAUCUAUAGGAAUACGAUACGCUUUUUUUGUUGAUAAAACAAAAUCAGACCGCAAUAGAAAGUUUAUUAACUUGCUCAGAAUAUAUACUGUAGAGACUGUAGAAGUCGCGAAUUUGUUCUUUGUCAAAUCAAACUUUGUUGUCACGUCACCAUCGUCAUCUGAUAACACUAUUCGCUCAUUCCACUCUCGAGCUCUUGGUUAAGGCACUUAUCUGCUGGGCAACUGAAAAUUGGACAAAUUGAAUUAAGUAUAUAUGUGUGUGUGGUUGGGUCGGAGUCUACAGAUUUCUUUGGAGAGACAAACAAUUUUUUGUGUCGAUCCGCUAAAAAUAAAAAAAGUACUUGCGAAUUUGGAAGAAACUCGAUACUUCCAGGAUCACACACCAAACUUUUUAGGGCGCUCAACGUGAACCUCAUUCUUUUUGCGCUCCGAAUCCGCUUCAAAUCCUACUCUUUUCUGACGUUUUCCCCCUCUAAUCCUUCUCCCACCGCUUAUAUGUGCAUGUGAUUCUAAAUUCAAUGAGAUUGCUACUCGGGGAGAAGGGAAAAUCAACAAGUACAAAGAUUAAAAGUCUUCUUUUUCGUCUGCUCUUUUUUCAAUAUUUUUUCAAAUUCACAAAAAAGAGUCCGAGAAAUCAGCAUUAGAGAAUGAAUCUCGAUUAGGUAGUCAAAUUCAAUUGUUGUGAUGGUGCCAACAAGAGUGUGUUGACGAGAACCAUUUGACAAUUAGCCUACCGUAUCAGAAAGGUCACGUCACCAAAACAUCGUCCGUGUCCCUUUCUCGUUUCCGUAAGAGCUUACGAAUCCAAAACCAGGAAGCUCUUUUCCGUCGUCUGAAUGAGGAACAAGUUUUUGUGACAUCUUCAACUCUUUCGGACUUUAACAUAGAUUUAUUAUUAAGAAAAAGCAAUUUAUUUCCCAUCGCAACUCACAUCUCAAAAUCCUCGGAAAGUUUAUUCCUCACGUCGAACCUUGCGGAAAGAACCUACUUCCCUUUCCCAUUCAUUUGCAUAUUUUCAUAUUUCCCUCCCUCCUCCUUCUUCAUUUUUCAAUUGGUUGCAAAUUAGCUCAUCUUUCUCUUCUCCCUGAUCCCUUUGCAUCAUAGAUAAAAAUUGAAUGAAUAAUAAUAAUAUCAUCAAAGUUUUUCCUGGCCAUUUUUUUCCGCUUCCAAAGGUCUUCUUCUUUCAGGCGUUAUGUGUCAAGAUGAGGGCGGAACCCUGUUCGAUCCUCAGGACCCCGGUGUCUCGGCUUUGAUUGAUGCUUUGGAGCAGUUCAACAGCUUCUACACAGUUUUCCACAGAUACGCGUGUCUCAUCAUCUGCUUCAUAGGCGUCUUUUCCAAUGGAAUACACAUCUUGGUAAUAAGAAACUUAGAAUGCAUCAAAAAUAGUCAUAAAAGGGUUCUAUGAAAACAUUUCGUAUCAAUUUUUUAAAUAGAAGUUGGCCACCUGACUUCUGAUACGAGCAUUCAAUAAUGAGAAGUUUUCAGGUGCUUUCGAGGCCCAGAAUGAGAAGAUGUGCAGUGAAUAGCGUCCUAACCGCCGUAGCCUUCUGCGACGUGAUAACGAUGAGCUCCUACAGUAUCUACCUGUUCAGGUUCCGGAUAUAUCAGGUUGGGCCUUACUUUCACGUUAUUUCGGUCAGAAACGAAUUCGAUUGUCAGAGUUCAACAUUUCAGUAAAUGAGAAAUAUUUUCAGCAAGACCGAGGCUACAGCUACUCAUGGAUGGUAUUUCUCAAAUUCCACGUGGUUUCCUCAAUGACUCUCCAUGCAAUCACCCUCUACAUGGGCGGUGUCUUAGCGUUUAUUCGUUGGCAAGCUCUCGGAAACAUCCACAGCAAAUGGCUCCAACCUAAAAACUCUUGGUAGGCAGCUAACGAGCUCUAUUGCUCUUUAUUAUCGCACGUAUGUUAGAUGACAAUACUUUAAUUUUAUCGUAUUCUAGGAAAAGAUCUUCCUGGAAGCUUCUUGACUUUCAGCAGUAGGGAUAAAAAAGAAGAGGAAAGAAGAGGAAGGAAAUGAGAUAAAUUAUUCAAAUUUGUGGAUAAUUUUAGCUGUUUUUGACGUAAUAAAUAGAGAGAAGAAUUUUUGGCAAAAAAAUGACGUUACCCACAUAUAAAGUACAUGCUACUUUGCAGGAUGCUUUUUGGAUUUGUCAGCCUGGUACUUUCAAUUAUCUGCAGUCCAACCUUCUUUUUGCACAAAAUCUACGAACUGGAUACUGAUGGUAGGGAUACUUUUCGAAAACGAAUAAUAGAGAAAUAUGGUCUCUUUCAGAUAUUGAAACAGCUACAGUCUCUGAAGUUAUGAGACUCAGUGGACAGAGUUUCAACGUUCCCAAAGAGGUUUAUUAUAGUUUAAACUUUUCCAAUUACUCGUGUGCUUUCUUCAAGUUCAACUUGUGGAUGCUUGCUGUUGUCCUUAAGGUACACUAGGCUUCUAGAAAACUUUGAUAAGUUAAGAUGAGUUUAGGCGAUUCCAUGUGCUCUGCUGCUCUGGUUUACAAUUGCUCUGGUGCAUAAAUUGAGACAAACUGAUGAGAAGCGCAACUAUUUGUACUCGAAAAGUUUCAGAAAACAUGUAAAGAAGACUACGGUAGGUACCCAAAAACUUUCGCGUUAUGAAAAAGUUAAAGUAUCCAGGUUCCGGAUAGAACGACCUACAUGCUGAUUAUAAUGCUAGUGGUUUUCCUGGUCACAGAACUUCCACAAGGAUUUUUGGCAUUCCUGAACGGCCUGUACACCGGAGAUGUCAACACUUACAUCUAUAGGAACGUCGGGGAACUUUUGGAUUUUCUUUCGCUAGUCAACUGCAGGUAAUUGCUUGGACACCUAUUGUAUACAAACUUUUUCGCUCAUUUCGACACAAUCUAAUAAAAUUGAAUUUUACGUAGCCUUUCAUUAAGCUAGAGAGACUAUAAGUUCACCACUUUAUUUUCAAAAAUUCACACUCAUUUACUGAAUAGCUUGAAAAGGUCACGUAAAAUUUACUUAUUCACUAAUUCUGCAUCCCCGAAUGCCAAUCCCUUUUCCAGUGUGGACUUCCUACUGUACUGCGUGAUGAGCUCGAGAUACCGGCAAACAUUCGGCCACAUGCUGAUUCGAGUCGAAUCGUGGUUGCGAAGUCACGGAGAACGAAGACGGCUUGCCAAAGAAAUAAAAAAGAAGCUGCCUUUGCCAGUGGUCGUCUAA